AUGGAGACCAUCUCGGAACGACUUCCUGUUUACUUCCACUGGGCACCACUAUUCAUCCUCGCUCUACCUUUCUUCAACUACAUCAUAGGAGUUACCAAAGCCAUCAAGUCCCCUCUUUCACGAAUCCCCGGGCCAUGGUAUGCUCCCUUGACAACAUUACACUUAAACUAUGCGUUCGCAAAAGGAACGAUAUGGAAAGCUGUGGAGAGAUCCCACGCAAAAUACGGUCCUAUUUUCCGCCUCGGGCCGCGACAAGUGUGGAUAUCAGAUAAAGAAGCCAUCAAGGCCAUCCUUAUGACAGUUGAUCUGCCAAAGGUCACAAUGUAUGCAGAAAUAUCCAGAGAUCGAAGCAGCCCUGGGUUGUUUGGGGAGAUUCGACCAGAUCCACAUAAGCGACUUAAGAAGUUUUUAUCUCCAGCAUUCACAAUCGCAUAUGUUGAUGGGCUUGAGUUCCUCUUCUCGGAAUGUGUGGGUGACCUUAUCAAUCGAUACGUGGAUUUGUUAUCAUCUCCGACGUCAAGGGGACAAAAGGAGCUGGUAGUUACGGACCUUAUGCAAGACCUUCAUAGCCUGGCACUUGACAUCAUGGGAGAAUGUUCCUUUGGCAACGGAUUCGGACAGACGAACAAAAACAAGAAACUGGAACUUGAAUUUGAUGAAGGCAUAUGGCGGUCGAUCCCAACGGCUAUCUUUAAAGGGAUGACUCGCAGAUAUCAGCGCCUUCUAAGAAGGCUUGGUCUGAACAUCGAAUUUGACUGGCCACGAGAGAUGAUUGCUGCCAUUUCCGCCGUGGCAGGCCAUAGAAAAGCAAAACCUAAGAGUGUUCGCCCCGAUCUUCUCCAACACUUGCUCGAGAACGGCGAAAGGCCAGACAGCGGAGUCAAAAUGGGGACCAGGGAGGUUGUCGAUCAGAUGGCCGAGAUAUUAUUAGCCGGGUCCGAAACCACGUCGGGAACGAUCGCUUGCUUCUUCCUCGAAAUCUUACGCAAUCCGGAAAUGAAGGAGAGAUUGUUGAAAAGUCUACCGGCGCUUAGACCAAGUGACCCAAUCAUCUCGAGCAAGGCUGUCCGAACGUCUCCUGAGUACGAGUACCUGGAGGCAUGCAUCAAAGAAGUGCUCCGAUUACAUCCAAUAGCAUCUGAAAUGGGCCGUCGGACUGGAAACACUCCGAUAAAUACAAUGGGAUACUAUCUCCCUGCCCACACGAUCGUCUCUGCGUCUUAUAGGCAGCUUCAUCGAGAUCCGAAAUACUGGGUUGACCCUCUGCGCUUUUGGCCUGAGAGGUGGCUGGAUCCUCGGCCUUCUGAUGUGCCUGCACCUGAGUAG